AUGGUUAUGGAGGAAGACACAGAUAUCAAGCUAAAGACACGAUUUCUGGGCCAGGUUUUGGUGCUGUAUGCGCGUCCUCCUCUACAAAUAGAUAAAUUCUUUUCGCUUUUGAAAGAGGCUUGUCAGCAACCAAGUUCUCAUCCGAUAACUGUGAAAUGGAUCGAUGAGGACGGCGAUCCCGUCUCGAUUGAUAGUCAACGAGAAUUAGACGAAGCGGUUCGUAUACUGCAACAAAGCGGUGACGCUGAAUUGAAUAUUCACGUGUUUCUUGGUCAACCCGCUCUACCAGGACUCCCAUGCGAAGGGGAAGAUCGCAAUGUGUAUCGUAGGGGAGCACGUCGAUGGAAGAAAAUCUAUCUCUUUAAUGGGCACCGUUUUCAAGCAAAACGCCUCAAUAGAAGGAUUCAAUGCUUCAUUUGUAAUGACUACAUAUGGGGAAUUGGUCGUCAGGGGUAUAGAUGUGCCGACUGUCGCCUUUGUGUCCACAAGAAAUGUCAUCGGCUAGUCAGGACGCCCUGUGGGCAGGCAGUGACGCCAUCGAUAACAUCUCUGCAACAAAAUAGUGUCUACCCUGCAAGCACUUACCAUACUGGGUCGCAAAACGGUGGGGAGAAGGCUUCCUUCGCUGGACUCGAUAACGGUGCUUUUCAAGAAGCAGAAGUCGACUUAUCUCUUCAAACUACGUGUACCCCUGCUGUGGCCACGGAGGGUGUGGUAACCAGUAAAUGGUCAGUUUCUCUGAGUGAUUUCCGUCUUCUCACUGUCAUUGGACGAGGCUCUUAUGCCAAGGUAGUUCAAGCGGAACAUAUAAAAACGAAGGAGAUUUAUGCAAUAAAGAUAAUCAAGAAGCAGAUGUUCAAUGAGGAUGAGGACAUAGACUGGGUACAAACGGAAAAGUCUGUGUUUGAAGCUGCCUCAAACUAUCCGUUCUUAGUGGGACUGCAUUCUUGCUUCCAGACCGAAUCGCGUUUGUUCUUUGUUAUUGAAUUUGUACCGGGUGGUGAUUUGAUGUUCCAUAUGCAACGUCAACGCAAACUUCCUGAAGAUCAUGCACGAUUCUACUCCUGUGAAAUAAUCCUCGCACUUCACUUCCUUCACUCCCGCGGCAUAAUCUAUCGUGAUUUGAAGCUCGAUAAUGUAUUGAUUGAUGCAGAAGGACACGUAAAGCUCACCGAUUAUGGCAUGUGUAAGGAGAAUAUUGGACCAGGUGAUGUCACAUCAACAUUUUGUGGCACGCCAAAUUAUAUCGCCCCUGAAAUCCUUCGUGGUGAAGACUAUGGCUUCAGUGUUGAUUGGUGGGCUCUCGGUGUGCUCAUGUAUGAAAUGAUGGCUGGCCGCUCUCCUUUUGAUAUAGUUGGCGCUGCUGGUGAUCCCGACCAAAAUACUGAGGACUAUCUUUUUCAGAUAAUUCUUGAAAAACAAAUCAGGAUACCUCGUAGCUUAUCAGUCAAAGCUGCUUCUGUUCUGAAACAAUUCUUGAACAAGGUGGGCUUUUGA